CAAAAAAUAGCUAAUUGUAGUUUUUGUACAUUUAUAGGGAUUGUAUCUGGAGUACAAAAUUACUAUGACAAAUGAUCAUAACAGCUUUUGGUUUAAGCAUUUUUCAGCAGAUGAGUUUUACAUAUUGCAGAUAGAUAUUAGUUUUUUGCUACUCUACAUUGUUUUACUUCUCUUGUCGUUUAUUGAAGCUGAUGCUCUUCGAUCCAGACAUUUGUUUCAUCGCACUUAUGCUCUCUACCUUACUUCAGUGAUUCUCGAAUGUUGUGGUUUAUCAUUUACGUGUGCCUAUUAUGCGAAUCUUGCAAAAGAAGGAUAUGCUCUAAUGGAACUCAAACUCUUGGGAAAAGUGAUUGAAGCUCUCAGUACAUUGUUUUUACUUGUUCUGCUGAUUUUAAUAGCUAAGGGUUAUACAGUCACAAGAGGAAGAUUAAGCAAAAUAACAUAUUUUGAAAUAUUUGUUUUUCUGUUCUUGUAUAUUCUUGUGUAUGCAGUGUUAUUCUUAUAUGAAGAACAAUUCUUUGACCCAGGAAAGGUUUUAUACAUUUAUGAAAGUCCAGUAGGUUAUGGCAUAAUUGGAUUACGCUUAGUUGGCUGGGCUUGGUUUGUGUAUGCUGUCACUUUUACAAUGAUACACUAUCCCGAGAAAUCAAACUUCUACACUAAGCUAUUUUUACUUUAUUCGAUAUGGUUCCUCGCAGCACCAGUAGUUAUUCUGGUUUCAACUUAUGUUGUACGAAAGUGGAUUCGAGAGAAACUUAUCAACGCCGUGGAACUGUUCAUUUCAAUAUCAGCUCAUUUCGUUUUCUUUGUUUUGACAAGACCCUCUAAAGCAAAAGAGAACUUUCCUUACCCCGUGAGAACAUCUCAACCACUAUAUGUGAAUGGUACAAGACCAACGGCACCUUCUGCAGCACAAAUUAAUAAUCAAAAUACUGUUGAGCAAAACGAAGCAACAACUACAACGUAACCUAAAGCAUUUUCCAUGAGGACUAAAAAUUUCUUUAGUUCAACUUUUUGAGGGACUUGGUGCAAGAAAUGAAAGUUGAGAUCCAAAAAAUCAUUGGCAAGAGCUAAGUAAAAUUAGAAAAAAUAAAAUAAAAAUCAGUGACACUAUUCAACUCACACUCCAGGAUUGGUGUUACAUUUGUGCCUCGUUCUUACACUUUAAAAAGAUAUACAAUCAAGAAUGCAUUAUUAUUGUAAUUAUUGUUUUGGGAAAUUAAGACUUUGAUUUUUGCACUUGGUCCCUAAAUUUAAAAAAAA